ACCAUUCUUUGGAACCUUUCUCUCAAAGUCUCAACCUACCUUUUCAAUAUUCCCUUUCCCGGUAAGACGUUUGGUGUAGCUUUAAAAAAAGAAAAAAAGACGUUUGGUGUAAAUUUAAUUAUGUCAAAACUACAACCAAAUUUGAACUUCACCAUUCACUGUUGUUGUUGUUGACCGUUCUAUAAAAACCUAGAAUUCUCUCCCUCACUCGCUCGCUCGCUCGCUCACUCACUCACUCACUCUUCCUUCUAAUUUCAAUGGCGUCCGUACAACAACAAGCCUCAUUCCCUGCUGCAAUCUCUGCAAUCCGUACUCGCAACCCGUACUCGUCUUCCUCUUUCACACCUUCUCCGCCGCUGGUUUCAUUCGCUGCUAAGUCGCCGGAGACUUACCGGAAACGCGUUGGCCGGAGAUUCGACUGCAGAGCUAUGGUUCAGCAGGCCGUACAAGGAGCUCCCGCCGCCUAUGCCAAGGAAAUGGAGAGGCUUUCCGCUAAAGAAUCCCUUCUUCUCGCCUUUAAAGAUUCUGGGGGUUUUGAAGCCUUAGUAACUGGUAAGACGACUGAAAUGCAGCGCAUUGAUGUGAAUGAGAGGAUAACUGGUCUGGAGCGGCUCAAUCCGACACCUAGACCAACAACGUCGCCCUUUCUGGAAGGUAGAUGGAAUUUUGAGUGGUUUGGGUCUGGAAGUCCAGGAUUAUUUGCUGCUAGAAUUUUAUUCGAGAGAUUUCCUUCGACUUUGGCUAAUUUGUCAAAAAUGGACGUGGCGAUCAAGGAUGGAUAUGCCAAGAUUACAGCAAACUUGAAAUUAUUGAACUCGAUAGAAAGCAAAUUUAUUCUUUCCACCAGGUUAUCUGUGGAGGGACCACUACGAAUGAAGGAGGAAUAUGUUGAAGGGAUUCUUGAGUCCCCAACAGUUAUUGAAGAAACGGUACCAGAACAGCUAAAAGGUGCACUUGGCCAGGCAGUUAACACAAUGCAACAAAUGCCUGUUCCUAUUCGGGAUGUCAUUUCCAGUGGGCUGACAAUUCCUCUAAAUGGAGCCUUCCAAAGACUAUUUAUGAUUUCUUAUCUUGACGAGGAAAUACUUGCAUGGUGGUGGUGGCUGCAGUGAUGGUGUGGUGGCACUGGAGACAGUGGGUGGUAGUGUGGGAGGUGGAAUGGUAAUCUUGGUGUUGGCAAUACGAAGGAGUGGAGAGGGUGAGGGCACAACGGAAUGGCAGAAAAGAUCUUGAACCUUUUGAAUUGUUUUACCUUGACCACAAAAAAAUGUUUUUAAUUGGCUUUCAUAUUUUGUUGUACCAAAUAUUAGAAAAUAUUUUUCCUGAAACAAUUGGGGCAUUGCUGCGACAUAAAAUAGAGUGAUUAGAGUUCUUAAUCUUUGCUUUAA